GCGGCUCUCGGUCUCUCUGGAAAGCCAGUCACAAUAACAAAGCCGCAAUCGCGCAGAGAAGCCCGCAAUGCCGAGCUGAACGGGUUUUCAUUCUCGGCAUAUUGUACGCGGGUCGCCAAUCGGCCUCGCCCAGGGCUGAAUCGUUCAAAAAAUAAAGAAAUAAAUACAAUAAAAGCUUUGCGUUGUCCUGCAAAAGCGGCGUGGGCCGCAGGCGAUCCUCGGUGUGGCAGUGAACAAGCGCCGCGGCACUGAGGCAAGUCGCUGCCCGGUGAUGUGAAAUGAAAACUUGGAAGCAGGUGUGGCCCAGCUCUUGAUAUCUCUUGGCUGCAGUGCUGUCUCUGUUUCCUUCUGUUGGCCCCUCUCUGCGUGGCUCUGACGAUGCGUGUACCCCCCCUGGGAAGGCCCCUGGGCCUGGGGCCCCCCCUCCUGCUGGCCCUGCUGUGCGUGUGGCCCCCGGGGGCCUGGGCUGGGGACUGCAAAGGGAAGAGGCAGGUUCUGAAUGGACCCCCAGGCUACGUGACUGACGGGCCGGGGAAUUACUCUGUCAAUGGGAACUGCGAGUGGCUGAUUGAGGCCCCCAGCAGCAGGUACGGCAUCGUGCUGUCCUUCACCUACAUGGAGACGGAGUGCACCUACGACUACCUGUUUGUUUACGACGGCGACUCGUACGACAGCCCCCUGCUGGCCAGUCUGAGCGGCAGCACCCUGCCUGAGCUCAUCGAGGCCAAGUCUGGAAAGAUGCUGCUGCACCUGUUCAGCGAUGCUAACUAUAACCUGUCUGGGUUCAACGCCUCCUUCUCGUUUUCGCUGUGCCCGCGGGACUGCUCCGGGCACGGGGUGUGCAGUCCGGAUUCGGGCCGCUGUGACUGCUUGCCGGGCUGGGCAGGGGAGGGGUGCAGCCUGCCUGCCUGCGGGGCCAACUGCAGCCUGCACGGGACCUGCGACCAGCAGUCCGGCCGGUGUCGGUGUGACUCUGGCUUCCUAGCGCAGAGCUGUGAUCUCUCUCUGAAUGAUAACCAGGGCGCGGGGAGCUGGUACACGGUGAGUUCAGGAGACAGCACCUUCUCGCCUCGCACUGCGGCUGCCGGAGUCUUCAUCAACACCACCAACGCACUCUACGUCUUCGGAGGUUUCGAUUUGAACCAGGCCCUGGGAGAUCUGGUCACGUACAACUUCACUUCCAACCGCUGGGAGGAGAGAGCCCGUGGGCCGGCUGCCAGGCACUCCCACACAGCGGUUCAGUGGGCGGGGACCAUGGUGAUAUUCGGAGGGCAGCUCUCUGAUGGCUCAUUGGCUGGCGACGUCUGGCAGUACAGCCCCAUGGCAGACUCCUGGAGCCAGCUGAGCCAAUCUGAGUCCCCCGGGGCCCCCAGGCUGGCCAAUCACGCGUCAGCAGUGGUGGAUGAGCACCUCUACGUGUUCGGAGGUCGCAGUGUGGAAGACCUCUUCUCCUCUGAGCUGUACCGGUUCUCUCUGCUCUCUCCUCACUGGGAGAGGGUCCAGCCGGCGGGGGGGAAGGCUCCUGCAGCCGCCGGGCACUCCAUGGUGUUCUACCCCCCCUCCCGGACCCUGCUGGUGUACGGUGGGCACCGGCCAUCAACCGCCAGGUUCAGCGUGCGUGUGAACACCACGGAUUCCUUCCACGUGGAUCAGCGCUACUGGACCACGUUCCGAUCGCGAUACCCGACCAGCGGACCGCGAGAGAGAGCCUUCCACUCGGCCACUGUGAUCGGGGACUACAUGGUGGUGUACGGUGGGAACGUGCACAUCCACUACCACGAGGAGAAGUGCUAUGACGAGGAGAUCAUCUUCUAUCACCUGGGCUGCCAUCAGUGGAGCUCCGCCGACGAGCUGACCAGGAUGCUGCUGCAGAGCCGUGAGGGUCGCGAGUCCCGCAGAGCUGGGAGUGGCCGCUACGCCCACGUGGCAGCCCUGACCAAUGAGAACGUGCUGCUGGUCGCCGGCGGUUACAGCGGCACUCCGCGGGGCGACCUGGUCGCGUACAAGGUUCCGAUCUUCGUGCAGCAGAUCCUCGUGCAAAAUCACCAGUUGGAUUACUGCUCCAUGUAUUCUGAGGAGAGCUCCUGUUCCAGGAACCCUGAGUGCAGCUGGUGUGGGGGGGGCUGCAGAUCCUACCAGCGCGACAGUGGCUGUGGCAGUGCAGGCUGCCUGGGUCUGGCUCGCUUCCUGUCUGACUGCCAGUCCUGUUUGGUGUUCAGCGGGCGCUCAGACUCCCUGCCCCAGGCUCCCGGGGAAUUCGGCUGGUGCGUCCAGAACGAGACUUGCAUGCCUGUGACAGAGUCCUCAUCCUGUCGUGUGGAUCAGAUCUCCAGAGCGUACGGAUGGUGGGGAGAGAAGACUCGCUUCAUCACCUCGCUGGAGGACUGCCAGAGAGACAACCGUGCCCCCGGCAUCCACCUGCUCACCUUCCAAAACCCGCGCAACGACUCGCAGCCCGACAAGGUGUCUAUCGUGCGCAGCACCUCCAUCACUCUGAACCCCUCCACUGAGAUGGACGUGACUCUGGCCUUCAAGGGCUUCAUCCACCCGCUGUGGAGCAGCCCUGGCCCGGGGGACGUGGUGUCGGUGUGGGCCCGGGUCCAGAGGCUGUAUGUGGCAGCGCGGAUCGGCAAGGGCCCCAACACUGUGGAGCCGUCGGAGGAGCUGGGUCGCUGGGCAGUGCAGCAGGAUAAGAUGAGUCUGCGUCUGGAGCGUUCUGGGGGGGAGCAGUUGUUCCAGAACCUGGAGCGCGGGAACAAGUACGCCGUGCAGAUCGAGGGGUACCUGAACAACUCGGGGAACGGGCAGACGAGCGAGCUGACCCUGACCUGGAACAGGACCGGGGUGCCGGGGGGCAGCGAGAUCUCGUUCUUGUUCCUGGAACCCUUCCUCUCCGGCUCCUGCUCUCGUUACCCCUCCUGCCUUGCCUGCCUGGCAGACCAGGCCUGCGGCUGGUGCUCCCAGAGCAGCUCCUGCCUGCCGCGCGUUGACCCGGUGCACAGCAGCACCACCCAGUGUGCGGGAGGGGAAAUGCAGCUCAUCCUGACACCUGGAAACUGUGUGCUGUGCGAUGAGUACAGGGACUGUGGCUCCUGUAGCACGGACCCGUACUGCGAGUGGCAGAUCAGCGGCAACAAGAAGGGAGAUUUCCUGUGCAGCCGGAGGGGUCGAGUGGAGGGGUCAAUCCGAAACGCAGAGAGCUGCCCCAAACAGUGCAACCAACGCAGGUCCUGUGGGGAGUGCCUCUCUAACUCCAGUCAGUGUGCGUGGUGUCAGUCUGCUCAGAGCUGCUUCUUCUUCGCCGCGUAUCUCACCAAGUUCCCCUUCGGAGAGUGCAGGGACUGGUACGACAGCGUGCACUCGGCGCCUCAGUGUCUGGAUUGCUCUCGGCACGCUUCCUGUCAGGACUGCCUGCAGAACUUCGAGUGUGGCUGGUGUGGAAACCAGGACAACCCCACUGUCGGCAGGUGUCUGCACGGUGGUUACUCCGGGCUGCGUGACCCAGCUGGCUUCCCGAAUUGCUCCGCGGCAGUGUCUGCGUCGCACCCCUCCCUGCCCCCCUGGGAGCCGGCGCUCUGGUCCUACCGCAGCUGCCCGGACGUGGACGAGUGCCGGCUGGGGCUCCACGCCUGCCACCCCUCCGCCUCCUGCCACAACACCCCGGAUUCCUACCAGUGCCACUGCCACCGCGGCUACACCGGGGACGGGGUUCAGCAUUGUAACCGCACCUGCUAUAACGAGUGUGUGCACGGGCAGUGCAGUGGGCCCCCGGACUAUCUGUGCCAGUGUGAGCUGGGCUGGACCUCCAACAGCAGCGCGGUGGAGCAGAGCGGAGUGGAGUGUGAGCUGGACUGCGGCUGCAACUUCCACAGCACCUGCGAGACUGGACUGGGGGUCUGCGACCACUGCCAAGACUGGACGCAGGGGGAGCGGUGUGAGCUGUGCCGGCCCGGCAGUUUCGGCAGUGCUGUGGAGCGGGGGGGCUGCUCCCAGUGUGCCUGCAACGGUCACGGAGUGGAGGAACUGGGAUUCUGCGAGGGGAGCGGGGGCGUGUGCUAUUGCGGAGACGCCACCGAGGGGCAGCACUGCGAGAAGUGUGUGACCGGACACUAUGGGGACCCCCGGAAUAACGGUACCUGUUACCUGGAGUGUGGGGGGCGCGUGUUCCUCCCCAAUGUGACCUCCAUGGCGCUGGGCUCUGCGAGGGGGCUGGGGGUCUCCGAGAGGGGGCUGUCUUACUGCCUGUGGGUCCUGUCAGCCUCCAGCCACCUGCAGCCCUGCUCUGGAGAGAGCCAGUGCCCCAGCAUGAGCCUGACGAUCCAGCCAGAUAUCAACACAAACUGCACUAGUAACUAUGUCUAUGUGUUUGAUGGGCUCCCAGAGUUCCUCAGUGACGGGGUGCUGCGCUCCGACCGCAACCUGAUUGGUGCAUUCUGUGGGACGGGCUGGAAGGAGCCAAUCACAGUGGCUGCUGCCUCAGGUAACCUAGCAACCCAAAUAAACAGUUUCAUUGAAAAAACAACAACAAAAGAAUUUCCCGACCACGCGGUGUAUUUCGAGGUGAACAUGACUGACAGCCCCUGGCCGCUCUCCCCUGUGGGGUUCAACGCCUCCCUGCGUGUGCGGCGCUGUGCCCCCCCGGGCUGCCCCCCAGCUCAGCGCUGCAGGGAGGGGGGGUGUGUGUGUGUGAGUGGCUUUGCCGGCCCUGACUGCUCCCUGGAGGUGUGUCCUGGGGAGUGUGGGGAGAGCCAGGGACGAGGAGCCUGCAACACAAGUCUGGGGGGGUGUGUUUGCUCAGAGGGCUUCGCUGGGUCGGACUGCUCUCUUCCAGUGAACUCCUCCAAGAUGGUCUGGGAGACGCUGAUAGACCCACAGCGCACCACGAACCAGGCUCACCGGUUCCUGCAGAGGUUCGCUCAUUCUCUGGUCGAAGGGCCCGACUCCACGCUGUGGCUCUUUGGGGGCUUGUCUCUGCGGGAGGGCAUUCUGGGAAAUGUCUACAGGUACUCGAUCUCCGAUCGUCGCUGGACUCAGAUGCUCACCAGCACAGCUGACGGCGGCCCCGGCCCCGCCCCUCGCUACUUCCACGCGGCCGCCUUCGUGGCCAAUCAGAACGCCAUGUUCGUGACGGGCGGGCUCACGCAGGGGGGCGUGGCCUCAGACAUGUGGAGCCUCAACUUGGUGACACUGCAGUGGAGACAAGAGAAUUCUCUCCUGCUCCCCCCGGUGGCAGGUCACACCCUGACAGUGCUUCGUGGCCGCUCCCUGCUGCUGAUUGGCGGGUACUCCCCUGAGCACGGGUUCAACAACAAGCUGCUGGAGUUCAACCUGGAGACUGGGAACUGGACCGUGGGGCUGCAGACUGGGACGCCCCCUACUGGUCUGUACGGUCACUCUGCCGUGUACCACGAGGGCACGGACGCGCUGUUCCUGUUCGGAGGCUAUCGCUUCCACGUGGGAUCCGUGGCUCCAUCUGCUGAGCUCUACAGCCUCUUCCACCCCAACCUGACCUGGAGCCUGCUCUCCCCCUCGCAGGGCAAGAAGCCGCUGUCUCGUUUCCUCCACGUGGCGGCUCUCUUCCGUGACACCAUGGUGAUCGUGGGGGGGCGCACUGAGCAGGAAGAGUUCAGCAACACAGUGUUGCUGUACCAGAUCAACUGCAACACCUGGGUGCAGCCCAGCCAGCCAGAGUCCUGGCAGGGCAUGCCUCUUGACCCCUCUGUCUCUCCCGCCAUGGCUGUGGCGGGGGGGCGCCUCUUCCUGUGCGGAGGGUUCAACGGGGUCGCGCUGGGGCGCAUGCUGACCCUCACCCUGCCCUCGGACCCCUGCCUGGUCCUGGCCACAGCCAGCUCCUGCAACCAGAGCAGUGGGAGCUGUGUAUGGUGCAGAGAGAGCUGCGUGUCAGCAGACACGGCCGACCGAUUGGGGUGCAGUACAGGGCAGUCUCAGUGUCUCCCCGCGCCUCGCUCUCCGGAUGAGUGCCGCAGAUUGCGCACCUGCAGUGAGUGUCUCGCCCGACACCCCAAAACCACAAGCCUGCCCUCCACACAGCUGGUUCAGCAGUGCAAGUGGUGCACUAACUGCCCCGAGGGGGCCUGCAUCGGCCGGGAGGGGAGCUGCACCUUGGAGAACGACUGCCGCAUCAACCAGCGCGAGAUCUUCACAGCGGGCAACUGCUCGGAGAUCAACUGCGAGGCCUCUGACUGCCCCAAGUGCACUGCGUCGGGCAAGUGCAUGUGGACACGGCAGUUCAAACGCACGGGGGAGACCCGUCGUAUCCUCAGUGUGACCCCCUCCCAUGACUGGACGUGUUUCAGCCACUCCCUGCUCAACAUGUCUCCAAUGCCGGUGGAGUCCUCGCCCCCCCGGCCCUGCCCCACCCCCUGCCACCAGCACAGCUCCUGCAGGGAGUGCUUGGGCUCCAAGGGGGCUGACGGGGGCUGGAGGCGCUGCCUGUGGAGCCUGUCUCUCAGCCAGUGUGUCAGUCCCUCAUACCUCCCCCUGCUUUGCGUGGCUGGCCGCUGUGGCCGGGUGCUCAAUGGAUCGGAGAGCUGUUCCCCAGAGUGCUCCCGGCUCCAGCAGUGCUCCUCCUGCAUUCGCCAGCCCAGCUGCGGCUGGUGCGCUGCGCGGGGGCUCAACGGGGCGGGGCAGUGCCUGCAGGGGGGGCUGGGGGGAGCCCAGCAGGGUGAGAGUGGGGGUACCUGCACAGAGUCUAACGGGACCUGGGCCUUUCUGUCCUGCCCUCCCGAGAACGAGUGUCUGAAUGGACACCACGACUGCAACGCCACGCAGAACUGCAACGACAAACUCCAGGGCUACGAGUGUCCCUGCAAGAGCGGGUACACGCUGCACAAUGUGACAGGGCAGUGUAAGCCAGUGUGUGCGCAGGGCUGUGUGAAUGGCACCUGCGUGGAGCCCAAUCGAUGCCAGUGCCACUUCGGCUACGUGGGCGAGAACUGCUCCGUGGAGUGCCACUGCAACAAGCACAGCAACUGUGCCAACGUGACUGCCCAGGACUCCUGCCUGCAGUGCUUCAACAACACCAUGGGGGAUUACUGUGAGAAGUGCCGGCCUCUCUUCGUGGGCUCGGCUGUGAAGGGAGGGGCCUGCAAGCCCUGCAGGGAGCAUUGCCGUGGCAACAGCGACAUCUGCAUCACCCACGAGGAGAACAAGAGAGCCGCGAGAGAACCGGACAAAUACCCCCUGGAGCCAGACCUGAUCCCCAGCUGGGUGGGGGAAGGCCCUCGUGAGGACAAUGUGAUCUGUGUGAACUGCCAGAACAGCAGCUCUGGAGAGAAGUGUGAGAGCUGCCUGCCGGGGUACUUCCUGCUGGAGGGCAAGUGCAGCAAGUGUAAGUGUAAUGGUCAUGCUGACACGUGUGAGGUGGAUGGCACAGGCUGCCCCUGCCAGAACAACACGGAGACCCUGCCCUGUCUGUCCCAGCAGAGCGACGGGAGCAAGAGGAACUGCUACGAGCUGCAGUGUGCCAAGUGCAAGGACUCCUUCAAUGGGAGCCCGGUGGACGGGCGGCAAUGCUACCGGCAGUUCAACGUGGAGCAGGAGUUCUGCUUCGACCCCACGUCCCAGAGCAACUGCUACCACGAGCCCAACCUGAAGAGCCUGCCGCGGGGCCGCACCGUCUUCUUCGCGGCCCAGCCGAAGUUCACCAACGUGGACAUCCGCGUCACCAUCGACGUGACCUUCGGGGGGGUGGAGCUCUACGUGUCCAACUCCCCGGACACCUUCGUGGUCGACGUGGACAAAAAGACGGGCGUCCACUCCGUGCACAUCAGCACGUCCACAGAGCCUUCUCCGAUCAGAGGAGGAGGAGGGGGGGGAGGAGGGGCCAGCACCCCUGCCAGAGACGCCAAUGCCAGCUCCAUCAGCGGACAACCCCUGCAGCAGCCCUCCUCGCUGGCCAGGGUGAGAGAGCUGCGGGCCUCGGGCCUGAUCACCUACAUCACAGUGGACUCCCAGAACACUGUGCUCGUCGUGCGCGGGGUGACGGACCGGGUUGUGAUCACCUACCCCCAUGAGGUCCACACCCUGAAGUCCAGCCGCUUCUACAUCGCUUUGCUGGGGACCGGGGGGGCGGCGGGUUCUGGCGAGUCCCAGGGAGUGCUGUUCCUCCGGCAGGACCAGGCCCACAUCGACCUAUUUGUUUUCUUCUCCGUGUUCUUCUCCUGCUUCUUCCUCUUCCUGUCGGUCUGCGUCUUGCUCUGGAAGGUCAAGCAGUUCCUGGAUUUCCGGCAGGAGCAGCAGCGCCACCUGCAGGAGAUGACCAAGAUGGCGUCCAGGCCGUUCGCCAAGCUCAGCGUCUACUUGGAACCCGAGCAGCAGCAGCAGCGGCCCCCUUCCUCCUCCUCCUCCUCCUCUUCCUCCUCCUCUCACCUCCUCCUGCUUCAGCAGCAGGGUGGGGGAGGGAGCGCAGGGGGCCACUUGGUCUAUCUGCCUGCCAGAGCUCAAGGAGGGAAAGGGGGGCUUGGAGGAGGAGGAGGAGGCGGGAUUGGGGGUAACAAAGGCAAACCCUCUUCCUAUCAGAAACAAGAAGCUCUACGGCAGUACCACCAUAAUCAUCACCAUAGCAACCCCCACAGCAGCAGCUACCAGCAGUUCUGCCGCUCCGACCCCUUCCUCUCCCAGCUCAUGGGCUUCUCCUACCCCAGCUUCAAGGUGGGCCCCAUCACCCUGGAGCCCACCGACGACGGGAUGGCGGGCGUGGCCACCGUGCUGCUGCAGCUACCAGGGGGGGCGCUGGCCCCCAACAGGGCCUGCCUGGGCUCGGCCCUGGUCACCCUGAGACACAACCUGCAGGAGUACUGCGGGGCCACCUCGAGCCACGGGGCCACGCACGCCAGGAAGAGGCUCCUGAGCCACGAGAAUCUCACCACCAUGUCCAUGUAGAGAGAGCAGUGGCUUCCCUCGUUCUCCCUCCUCUGACCCUGUAUUUGGGGGAUGUUUUGUAUCCGUUUUCAGUAAAGUUCUCCACCCAGAGCCCUGAGGGAGUUCAUUAUCUCAAUGUUUUUGUUUUUCUUUAUGAAGUGUUACCUGUUCAACGAAACCUGAACAAAUUUUUUUUUUAGUGCUUGUAGCUAAUUCUGUAAAUCUUUAUUUUAUUGCAUUCUGCUUUUAACCCUGACUAUCCUUCGGUUGAGCCAACAGCUUUAACCCUGUCAAUCCUGGCGAGACCUCACGCCCCCCUCUUACACACUGAGUGGGGGAUACGCUGCUUGUGAAGUAGACUCCUGAUUGGAACUCUGACUGGGAAUACUCAGCUUGUGAAAUAGACUCCUGAUUGGCGUGCCAAGUUAUAAACGCAGGCUCUCUGAGUGGAUAAUAAUGUGGGUGGGAGCAAUCUGCUUGUGGAAAAUAAAGACUUUUGAUUGGACAGUAGGGGGUGGGGGAGUAGCUGCUCCUGCCUAAGGAAGGCUGAUGAUUGGACAGUAGUGAUUGGGAGGUCAGCUGCAUGGCUUUCACACAACUUCAGAACAGAAACUGAACUAAACUGGCUGCUUUAGUGAUCAGGAAGGAUCUGCCAAGACUCUGCUGUUGUUUUUUUGUCUAUUUCUACAUACUGUAUACAAAGAACUAGAGCUCCCAUCACCCCUUGCUGUUAGCGAGGCAUGCUGGGAGCUGUAGUUCUUAUUCUGGGUGCAGAACAGAUAGCAAACUUUUUUUUUUUUGUUUACUCCGCGUGGCACUCGGAACUUCAAAAGCUGCCAAAAAAAUUAAAAUAAAAAUCAUAGCCACCUUCA